UUUAAUAAAAAUAAAGCAAAAAUAAUGAAAUUGAAUUUAAUAUUUUUCUAUUGUAUAUUUCACAAAUUACUUGUGAAUUCAUCUCAAUACCAAUUAAAUCCCAAUCAACAACAAUUAUACUACAUCCCAUCAACUGGAACAUAUAUUUGGGGUGGUCGGCAUGAUCAAUAUUUACAAUUUAUAAAAUCCACAACUACAACCCAAAAACCAUCGGAUUCAUCAGGGAGCGAUAAUGAUAUUCUACAAUGUGGUGUUCGAAAUAUUGAUGAACAUUUAUAUCGGCAACCAAAAAUUGUUGGCGGAACCGAACCCAAAUACGGAUCAUUUCCUUGGCUCAUUGAAAUAGCUAAAUAUGAUACAGAAGCAACCCCACGUCAAUGGAAACAUCAUUGUGGUGGUGCAUUACUACCAACACGCAAAGGGGAUUUAAUUUUGACGGCAGCACACUGCUUACAACCUCCCAUACAAAUUAAUGAGUUACGAGUCAUUGCUGGCGAUCAUAAUUUAAAAACACACGACUUACAUGAACAAAUUAUGGGUGUAGCAGAUUUUAUUGUACACCCGGCAUUUAGACAAGAUGGACCAUACAGUAAUGAUAUUGCAAUAAUAAAAGUUCGUCCACGAUCUGGUACGAAUCGUGGAUUUUCAUUUACAAGUCAUGUACAACCAAUUUGUUUGCCAACAGAAAAUGAUACACCCAGCACGGGUGCUUGGUGUGACGUCAGCGGAUGGGGAAUGACAGAUGGUGAUGAUUUAGAUACUCAAUCCACAAUUUUACAAGCUAUAACAGUACCAAUUAUUGACACGGCGAAAUGUCGUAGCAGUACAUUUUAUGGAGGUCGUCAACAAAAAAUUUUGGACAGUAUGAUGUGCGCUGGCUAUUUAAAUGGUGGAAAAGAUGCUUGUGGUGGUGAUUCUGGGGGCCCGUUAGCAUGUGAAUUAAAUGGAAGAUUUCAUUUAGCUGGACUUGUUUCCUGGGGUGAUGGAUGCGCUAAAGAACAUCGACCCGGUGUUUAUACGCGAGUUAAUUAUUAUGCAAAUUGGAUACAAACUACAAUAAAACAAUUGAAUUUACGCUAAAUUUUAAGAAUCAUGUAUUAAUUUAUACCGCAAAAGAUAAGACUGAUUAUGUAAAUAUAAAAAAUUUUUAGACUAAGUUUCCUGUUUUAGAAAAUAAGAUGUAAAAUAAAGUAUAUAUUGAUUGAUUGAAAAAACCAUUGAAUUUUAUUUCCAGAUUCAAAACGAAAACAAAGCUUCGUUUAUUUCAGAAAAAUUGUGGGGAUUGUCUCACAACUGCCGAGAUUUGCACACCAGGCCUCUCGUAAUUUCUACAAGCGUUUUAAUUAGGUCAAAUUAUCCUAAAACAAAAUUUCCGU